AUGAUGAAAGCGAAGGAAUACGCACGAACCAUCCUUCUCGGAGGCGUUCUCUUGGUGACCAUCUCUGUACAAUGCCUGCUCUGGACGGUGAAGUCCGGCCCCAUCACCGAGUCUCCUUGGGCAAGAGACGUCACCUUUUCAGGAAACCAAGUUCAGCAAAUUUACGAAACUUUCGUGAAGAAGGAUCCUGCGUACCAUUCGAAACACCAAGCCUACACUGAUCUGAUCGAUUCCCGUUUCAAAGGCCAUUACGAUCCCAAGGGUCGUGACGCUCCGAGGGUGUACAUUCUCAUCGACUUCAUUGACUGGAUUCAGAAGCACAACAUUUCUUCAAAGAACGCCCUCUUUACGGAUAUCAACGAUCCGGAGAUCAACUUCUUACCCCACAUACGCACAACUGCAAUUCCUUACCAGUUUUCCUCAGGGCAAAACGAUCUUCACCAACUAGCGCUCAUUGACCGGACAUACGAUUUUGUUCUGUUCUCGCAGACGCUUGAGCACCUGUACAACCCGCUUCUGUCCCUACGGAACUUGUACGAUCAUAUGGAUAUAGGUGGAUACAUGUUCACGAGUGUGCCCACGCUCAAUGUUCUUCACAUGUAUCCGCAUCAUUUCCAGCAUUUCACGCCUUCCGGGCUCGCUAUGCUGUGUCGUAGCGCAGGAUUUGAGAUUGUCGAAUUGGGGUAUUGGGGAAACUUAGAGUACGCCCAGAAACUUUUGUCAACAUACUCGUGGCCCGAUAUGUAUGAAGUGCCACGGGACAGCGAUGGACUGCAUCCUGCCCAGACCUGGAUAUUGGCACGGAAGCCAGGGGUUUCUGAAUGA